AUGGCGAGGGAACGGAGCCGCAGUCGAGAAAGACGGCGUCGUUCUCGCUCGAGAUCGCGUGAAAGGGAUCGGGAUCGUCGUGAUCGAAGCAGAGAUCGUGAUCGCGAAAGGGAUCGAGACAGACGUCGACGAAGCAGAUCAAAGGAGCGCCGAAAGUCACGAUCACGAUCACGUAGCCCGCAUGAUAAAAGAGUUUUCACUGAAGACCGGAAAGAACCCGAGAAGCAACAUGAGAAACAACACGAGAAACAACACGAAAAAGAACACGAGAAGAAACGCAAGCACAAGCAUCGAGAGUCCAAUAAAGAUCCAAUAACGGCGGAAAUGGUUGGUGACGCUAGCGAUGAAAUGUCGAAAAUGAUGGGUUUCACUGGUUUUGAUACAACUAAAAAUAAGAAGGUUGAAGUUAGCGCCAUGGAUAAUUUUGUAGGAGCGUUGAUAUCGCUAAACUGCGGGGAGGAUUGUAUUUAUCAGGGCAAAGUUGUGCAAGUGGACACGACAAAUAAAAAUGUCACAAUCACCAGCGCUUUCAGAAAUGGCACUCCUUAUGGCUCCGGAAAGCCGGUUCUCGUCCAUGGCAAGGACAUAAAAAUGCUGAAGGUCCUAAAAACGGCUUCAGAACUGAACGACAUUCAAAAAGGCACAGUUAUCCCCAAAUCAUCAAAUACUCUCAUUUGUCCUGGACGAUGUGUAGAAAGCGACUCCCCUCGCUCUUUUCAAUAUGAGUCCAAGCGGGCCACAAGAACGAACAAGUCGAAUAUGAAGAUGAAAAUGCGUCCAAAGGGAGACGAGAUUACGCCCACCGAUGAGAGUGACGAAUCGAGCAGCAACGAAGGGUUCUCUUCAUGCAGCAACAAUCAAAGGAAGCCGCAGAAUCGAGGAAAAAGAAAUGUUUAUCGAGGUCGACUUGAAGAAAAUCCUGAGGAAAUUCCGGAUGUUGCUCCAACACCUCAAUUCCGAGCCUUCGAACCACAGAUUCCAUGUCCACAACAACUGCCAAAGAAAUUGUUCAAGACAGCUCGCGGAAAAGUGACGAGACCCUGUGGGAUCCCGGCGUUGGAUGCUCGAAAUGCAUAUGGAAGAAUUCAGAUGCAGAAUUCUGACCUCAACCGUCCGAUUGAUUUCGACCUUCUUCAUACGGAUUUCGACUUUGAGGGAAAUUUUGAGCUAUUCCGCAACCAAAUCAAUGGGGACAUCGAUGAUCAGCACUUUGAAGAAGUUGAGCAGCCAAAAAUGUCAAAAAAUUUUGCACACUACGAAAAUAUUAUCAAUGAUCCGAAGCGAGUUACUUCUUGGACAAAUGUGCAACGCGCAAGGCAAGCCGCUAUGGGAAUCAAAGCAUCAACCUCCUCUGAACAGAACACAGAGAAUAGUGAGAUAAACAGUGCCAGUGGAUUUGCUUCGACGAACUGUGGCGGAAGAGUGCCAUAUUUCUCAUCGGACGUGAAAAAGAAGCUUCUUAAACAAGCUGAACGCCAUCUUGGUGCCGACGUCUUUCAUGCAAUUUGUGCUGAUCGAAUCUACCAAUUUACGAUGGACACUCUGAAGAGAUCCUCGUUGAGUUUAUCUCCAAUCAUCGUUUUUGGUCGGAAAGCUUCACCGCCUCAACUAGUCGAUCGACUUCUGCUUCAUUUUUCCAAUCGAAAUUUGAUUGUUCAUGUUUAUGGUUGCGAGCCAAGUGAGCAGCUGCCAAAUAUUAAUUUCGUUGAGCAAGUAGAACGAUUGCCGACUAAUUGCAAGCUUGCUGUUUGUAUUGACGGUGAUUCAUCCUGUGACAAUAUUAUUGAUUGGUUGAUCUCUAACAAAGAGUGCCAUAUCGUCACACUGGAAAGCACACGAGCAAGGAUUCCAACUGAGAAGCAACAUCGCCUCUAUCUGAUGGCUCCUUCAACAAUUUCCGCGCCAACACUUGUUCUUGGUCGCACCUCAUUCGAUGUUCUUGCUGCCGCUAUCAACGGGUCGAAUAAAUCAACAAAUUGGGCAAAUUCGGCUGUCGCUGAUAUUGGAAUUCCGCAUACGUGGUUCUCUCAUGAUUGUCGCACGGCGCUUGCCGAUCGUUUCCUAUCAAAAAUGCUGGUCUACUUG